AAGACACAAGAGAUGAAAAAGUAAUGACUUCUGACUCCAGGAGAUAUCACGUUAAGUUCGAUUUAUAUAAAGUGAUUUAAUUCCGCGUAAAAAAUGAUUGCAGGCCGCUUACCAGAGGAAGGCCAUUGCGCGGUCCCUUCUAAUAGGUCAUCAUGAUACCCACAUUGAAGUAAACCAAAAUUCAACACCGUUAAAAAGCAACCAACGCGUCCUUUGCGGUGCUAACUCAAGGGUGACAAUGCGGCCAUUCAUUUUCAUGUUUCAAUUUUUCAUAUAAAUAUGUGAACGCAAAAGAAACGGAGAUAUUCUCAUUCAAAGCAUCGACAGAAACAGUGUUCCACCCAUAAAGCUUUAGAAUGUUUCGUUUUAUUCAAUUGUUGUUUGUCGCAAGUAUGUUCUUCGCAACCUUACUAGAAGAAACAAACUCAUUCACUCUAGAACGAGUGAAUGGGGGAGACGACCACGAUCAUAACGAUUCAUGUGAAACUUCUGUCGAUUUCGGUUAUCGCACAGUAGAUGACAUGGACUACGAAGACGUGUUGGAGGUAGAGGACACCGAAGUAAAUGGACAGAUUCAAGACACAUCGGAAGAAAAUAGAUUGGUUAAGCGAAAUUCCUUCCAUGCACCGGGUCAAAGAAGGAUCUCGUUUAACCGUCAUAUUCAGCAUAAGUUGGAGUCCGUGGAAGAUUAUGACGAGAUGCCGUUCCAGCAUCCUAGGACGCCAACUGCUAGCCACCAAGGUAAUCAUCAGUUGUGGGAUGUUAGCGAUGAGCAGCAAUCUUGGGAAGUGAAGGAUCCGUCGUUGAGAAAUUUGUUUGGAAUUCGUUGGGAUUCUGCCAAGAAUAAGAAGACCACUCAUCGUUCAUCAGUCGAAGAUUCGAUGGAAGAUUUGCUUCGUCAACAACACGAAAGACAUUCGGCAAGUAGGAGAAGCAAACGUCCGUCUGGCAUUGUAUUUUAGACCUUUUCUGUAGAUCCUACAAUUUAAGAUUGCGAUAUAUUUUCUAUUUAAUCACCUACUUCUUGGGCAAUCAUUUAGUAUUCUGACCUUUUAACCAAAAUUUCGCUAAGUGACCGUUUUUUUGUUUAUUGGCGAUUUCGCAAUAAAACUUUGAGCAAUGCUAUAACCAA